AUGUCUCGGCGGACGCGCGGUGAGGAGCUGGAUGAGCCACACUACCAGGACACAGACUCCGAUGUGCCCGAGCAGAGGGACAACAAGUGCAAGGUCAAGUGGACCCACGAGGAGGAUGAGCAGCUGAGGGCCCUGGUGAGGCAGUUUGGACAGCAAGACUGGAAAUUCCUGGCCAGCCAUUUUCCUAACCGCACUGACCAGCAAUGCCAGUACCGGUGGCUGAGGGUUUUGAAUCCAGACCUUGUCAAGGGGCCGUGGACCAAAGAGGAAGACCAAAAGGUCAUUGAGCUGGUCAAGAAGUACGGCACAAAGCAGUGGACUCUGAUCGCCAAACACUUGAAGGGCCGGCUGGGCAAGCAGUGUCGGGAGCGCUGGCACAACCACCUCAACCCUGAGGUGAAGAAGUCCUGCUGGACUGAGGAGGAGGACCGCAUCAUUUGUGAGGCCCACAAGGUGCUGGGAAACCGCUGGGCCGAGAUUGCCAAGCUGCUGCCCGGCAGGACAGACAAUGCUGUGAAGAACCACUGGAACUCUACCAUCAAAAGGAAGGUGGACACGGGAGGCUUCCUGAGUGACUCCAAAGACUGUAAGCCCCCUGUGUACUUGCUGCUUGAGCUCGAAGACAAGGAAAGUCACCCGAGUGCCCUUCCCACUGAAGGUCAGGGAAGUCUUGUGACCAGCUGGCCCCUGGUGCCGCCCCUCAUCAAGGAGGAGGAAAGCAGCGAGGAGGAGGCCCAGGCAGCCACCAUGGCUCAGGAGUACGAGGCUGUCCCUGCAGAACUGGGUGUAGUGUGGACGCCAGAGCCCCUGGAGGACUUCCCCAAGCAUGAGGACCAGGAGGGCUCCCCGCCUGAAGUGAGCCUGCCCUACAAGUGGGUGGUGGAAGCCUCCAACCUCCUCAGCCCAGCCGUCGGGUCGUCUAGCCUCUCUGAAGCCCUGGACUUAAUCGAGUCGGACCCUGAUGCUUGGUGUGACCUGAGUAAAUUUGACCUUCCUGAGGAGCCGUCCACAGAGGGUAGUAUCAGUAGUAGUCCAGUGCAGCCGCCAGCACAGCAGCAGGUACAGGUGCCCAGCCAGCGUGUCGUCCCAGCAUCCAGCGUGACUGAGUACCGCCUGGACGGCCACACCAUUUCAGAUCUCAGCCGUAGCAGCCGGGGCGAGUUAAUCCCUAUCUCUCCAAGCACUGAUGUUGGGGGCUCAGCCAUCAGCACACCACCGUCGGUGCUCAAGCGGCAAAAGAAGAGGCGUGUUGCUCUGUCCCCCGUCACGGAGAACAGUGCCAGCCUCUCCUUCCUGGACAACUGCAACAGCCUCACUCCCAAGAGCACGCCUGUCAAGACCCUGCCCUUCUCCCCAUCUCAGUUUCUGAACUUCUGGACCAAACAGGACACACUGGAUCUAGAGAGCCCCUCACUGACGUCCACCCCUGUGUGCAGCCAGAAGGUGGUGGUCACCACGCCCCUGCACCGGGACAAGACACCCCUGCACCCGAAACAUGCUGCGUUUGUAACCCCAGAUCAGAAGUGCUCCAUGGACAACACUCCCCACACACCAACCCCGUUCAAGAAUGCCCUGGAGAAGUAUGGACCACUAAAACCCUUGCCCCAGACUCCCCACCUGGAGGAGGACCUGAAGGAGGUGCUGCGUUUGGAGGCUGGCAUCGAGCUCAUCAUUGAGGAUGACGUGAGGCUGGAGAAGCAAAAGAGGAAGCCAGGGCUGCGGCGGACCCCCAUCAAGAAAGUGCGGAAGUCUCUGGCUCUUGACGUUGUGGAUGAGGACAUGAAGCUGAUGAUGUCUACACUGCCCAAGACCGCGUCCUUGCCAACCGGUGUCCCAUCCAGCUCCUCUAGCCUCACCCUGUCGGGAAUGAAAGAGGACAACAACCUGCUCAACCAGGGCUUCCUGCAGGCCAAGCCCGAGAAGGGUGGAACAGUCCAGAAGCCUCGGAGCCACUUCCUGACACCUGCCCCUAUGACCAGCGCCUGGAAGAUGGUGGCCUGCGGGGGCACCAGGGACCAGCUCUUCAUGCAGGAGAAAGCUAGGCAGCUCCUGGGGCGCCUGAAGUCCAGCCAUACAUCACGGACACUCAUCUUGUCCUGAGAUGCUUGGGCAGACAUAGGUCCAUUCUCAUGUUUACAGGGGGGAGGGGACUGUGAAUUCAACACUCAGGUGAC